AUGUCAUUAAAAACGAAUACUGGAUUACUAGAUAUUCCAGUACCACUUUCUUUAUUUAUAAUCACUGUAUUGUCUUUAUGCUUUGCUAAUAGUUACAAUGGUGAAUUUGUGUUUGACGAUUCUGAAGCCAUUGUACACAAUGAAGAUGUACAAAAUAGUCCUUUGAUAGAUGUAUUUAAAAAUGAUUUUUGGGGUACAAGACUGACACAUAAGCAAAGCCAUAAGUCAUACAGACCAUUAACAAUUCUAAGCUUUAGACUACAUUUUUGGCUUCGUGGAGCUCUGAUAGCCCAAGACUAUCAUAUAGUGAAUAUAGUAUUACAUACCAUUGUGUGUAUGCUGAUGUUACCAGUAUUUAAUAUACUUUUGGGCUCUAAAGAGAAGAGUACUGCAUUCUAUGCUACUGCGUUGUUUGCUGUUCAUCCAGUGCACACAGAAGCUGUUUCAGGUAUUGUAGGAAGAGCAGAAUUAUUGUGUGCUCUAUUUAUGUGGAUAUCUAUUAUAUUUUACUAUUACUCAAUCUAUGCAAGAAGAUUAAUGCAUAGAUGGUUGAGCAUGUGUAGUUGCAUUACAUUUAUUGCAACUGCAAUGCUGUGUAAGGAAACAGGAAUUACUGCAGUGGGAAUUUGUUGUAUAUAUGAUAUUAUAGUAGUAAACAGACUAUUCCCAUCCAAAAUAGUCUCAUUUAUAAAAUCAAAGCAUUCCUAUGAAGGAAUAAAACAUUUUAUCAAGCUAAGACAAAAAUUAUUAAUCAGGCUCUUCAUACUUUUCACAUCCAGUUUAAUACUGAUGAUCUCAAGAUUCAGUGUUAUGAGAUACAAGGCUCCAACCUUUCAACCUGUGGAUAAUCCAGCAUCAUUCGUGCAAAAUAGAUUUUUACGAGCGUUAAACUAUUGUUAUAUUUAUUGUUUAAACGUAUGGCUAUUAAUUUGUCCUGACUGGCUGUGUUUUGAUUGGUCAAUGGGCUGUGUACCCUUAAUUACCUCUAUUGAUGGAAGAAUGUCUUUUAUUCUUCUUUUCUGGUUCAUACUUAGUGCAAUGAUUGCAUAUACUUUCAACUCUUAUCACGACAAAUUUUUAAGAUACUCAAUUAUGGGGCUGGCAAUGCUUAUCAUUCCAUUUCUACCAGCCAGCAACAUCUUUUUUAACAUUGGCUUCGUUCUGGCCGAGAGAACACUUUACAUUCCCUCUGCUGGUUAUUGCCUACUACUUGUUGUAGGAUUACAAAAACUUUGCAACCGUGUUCCUAUGCAUUAUUUAUUCCUAGCAUACACAGUUUUAAUUGCGCUAUUUUUUACAAAAUCUUGGAUAAGAAGUAAUCAGUGGAGAACUGAAACCACGCUGUUUAGAUCGGCACUGCACGUUUGCCCAUUAAAUGCUAAAGUACAUUACAAUAUCGCAAAAAAUGCUGCUGAUAACGGAAAUGCUACGUUAGCACAAUACGAAUACAAUGAAGCAUUGAGAUUAAAUCCCACGUACGCUCAGGCUAUGAACAAUCUCGGCAACAUACUCAAGGAUCAAGGAAAACUUUUAGAAGCAGAAACUUUGUUUAAACGUGCUAUUGAGCUGCAGGAAGACUUUGCCACAGCAUGGAUGAAUUUAGGUAUCGUUCUAUGGGCAAGAAGGAAGUCCAAAGAAGCGGAAAAAAGUUACUUAACUGCACUUUCACAUAGAAACAAAUACCCCGAUUGUUUGUAUAAUUUGGGUAUGCUGUACUUGAAACAGAAAAAUUACGAUAAAGCAUUGAAAGUUUGGGAAUCUGCGACGAGACAAAAGAAUACACACAGCAAAGCAUGGGUCAACAUGAUAUUGCUCCUUGAUCAAUUAGGUAUGCGCGAAGACGGGCUUAAAGUAGGGUAUCAAGCUCUGCAGUUCCUACCCAAUGACGCUUUUAUUCAUUUCAACAUUGCAAAUAUAUUGGGAAAAACUGGAAAUUUCGAGGAGGCGGAAGUGCACUUCAAAAAUGCAAUAUCGGAACAUCCCACAAGCGCUAUGUUCUACACAAAUCUGGGUGUACUGUAUCAUAGAUGGAAUAAAUUUCACGAAGCGGAAGAUAUGUAUAAGAAAGCAUUAGAAAUUAUGCCUGAACUAGAAAGUGCGAAAGCGAAUUUGAGAAAAUUGAAUACUAUAAAAUCAUUGUAG